AUGACGGCGGCAAUGGCCACACCACCAAACGGCUCAAAACCUCUGAGCAACGGCAUGUUUGCCACAAACAGAACGAGGAUAGUUCUGGCAAUAACUCUUCUUGCAACGUGGUUGUUUGCAAGCCUUAUCCCUAGCUACAAGCAAUCAGUCAAAGACCUGGCGCAGAAAAAAUACAACGAAGCAAUCGGGCAUUUCCCAGCGUUGAAAGUCGACUGGCAUCCAAAAGUUGAUUCGGAAGUACAGUUCAAUGCCUCAAAAGUGGCGCUUCUGAUUGAGGGGCGCCCGAUCCCGCAUCUCGUGCCGCAACUCUUGCAUAUGAUGUCGGUCGUGCCCCCGGACUGGAGGUUCAAGUUUAUCGGGACGAAUAAGAGUGUGAUGAGCGUUUCUAGAAGCUUUGCUACGCAGUACCAGGCUUUGAAUGGGAAGCUGGACUUGGUGGUUUUGCCGAAACCGUGGAAGGUUGAUAGUAAGGAGGAUAUCUAUAGGUUGCUUACUGAUCUUCGCUUCUACAACGACCAUUUGUCAGAGGUGGAAUGGAUGCUUAAGUUCGAGUCGGAUAGCAUCAUGUGUGCCAAUUCGGGGGAUACGUUAGAUGACUGGCUGCAUUACGAUUGGGCUGGAGCCCCGAGAUCCAAGGACGAUACGUUUGCCGGUAACGGCGGACUAUCCCUCCGCCGGAUCUCGACCGUAAAGAGAAUACUCGGCUUCCAGUCAAGAUACAACGACACGGAGCCCGAAGACGAAUGGUUCGGUAAGCGGAUUACGGUCUUGCCGGGAGCGAAGGUAGCGAGUGGGGCGGAGGAGACCCAUCUUUCGGUCGAGGAUACCUGGUUCGAGAAACCCAUGGGCUAUCACGCCCGAGAUAUGGGCGAGAAUCUUGCAGAUGAUGUAUGGAAAGACCCAAAGAAGCGGAAGGCGAACUUAGAUUACUGCCCGGAGCUGGCUAUGAUUAUGCCGAUGAAGCUCGAGCGGGAGAGGUGUCAGGGGGAUGAUAAGAUGGUGUAG